UUUGUACUGGCCCCCGCUGCGAAGUUCGAUUUCUGGAGUUGGGGCCGCUACAGCUCCUCAUUUUGUUUUCAAUCUGUUUAUUUGGAGGUGCUAGUACACGACACUCCUUCGUGCCUGUGUGUACCCACCGGCCCUGAGGCACUUCGCAGCGAGUUCGUGCUGCACCUGGUCCUGUAUCUCCUGAAUCGUAAACCUCUUAAUUCCUUCUACGUCUUUGCCGUCGUUGGCGAUAACUGUUCCAACUCUGUUUACUCUCGUCCUGCUGCUUCUGAGUCCUCGUUGAUAACAAAACGCCUGACGUUCUUUCCUCGCCAAAAUCGUCUACUCUCGCCCUCUAGCUGCAACUGAAUUCUCGUUUCACAAAACAGCAGAAAUCGUCUACUCUCAACCUCCUCUACCUAUGCCUGC